AUGAAUAUGGGAGGCGAAGAAGAAAAGCCUGCACUGGAACAGUUUGGUGUUGAUCUCACACAACGUGCCAAAGACGGCAAACUCGACCCCGUGAUUGGACGAGAUGCUGAGAUUCAACGAACCAUUCAAGUCUUGUCGCGGCGUACCAAGAACAACCCUGUUCUUAUAGGCUCAGCCGGUACUGGUAAGACUGCCAUUCUAGAAGGUCUCGCGCAACGGAUUGUGCGAGGAGACGUUCCUGAGAGUAUCAGGGAGAAGAAAGUUAUCUCCCUAGAUCUCGGUUCACUCAUAGCUGGCGCAAAGUUUCGGGGCGACUUUGAAGAACGUCUGAAGAACGUGCUCAAGGAAACCCAAGAAGCCGAGGGCAAGGUUAUUCUAUUCGUCGACGAACUUCACACUCUCCUUGGACUCGGCAAAGCCGAAGGCAGCAUUGAUGCUGGCAAUCUACUCAAGCCUGCUCUAUCUCGUGGUGAGCUACAGUGCUGUGGUGCCACCACUUUGAAUGAGUACAGGUUGAUCGAAAAGGAUGUCGCCCUUGCUAGACGUUUCCAGCCUAUCCUAGUUGGCGAACCUAGCGUGCAAGAUACGAUCUCCAUCCUUCGAGGCAUCAAGGAUCGCUACGAAGUCCAUCACGGUGUCCGCAUUACCGACUCCGCUCUCGUGGCUGCUGCUACUUACAGCAAUCGAUACAUCACGGACAGAUUCCUGCCAGACAAAGCAAUUGAUCUGGUAGAUGAGGCCAGCAGUGCUCUGCGACUACAGCAGGAAAGCAAGCCCGAUGCGAUACAGAAGCUCGAUCGCGAGAUUAUGACCAUUCAAAUUGAGCUCGAGUCGCUACGAAAGGAGAAGGAUAUCGCCAGUAAAGAGCGCAGAGAGCAGCUCGAGAAGAACCUCACGCUCAAGCAAGAUGAAGUUGGCUUGCUCACUGAAAAGUGGGAAAAGGAGCGAGCGGAAAUCGAAGAGGCCAAGGGUAUCAAGGAAAGGCUCGAACAAGCUCGCCUCGAUCUUGAGCAGGCCCAGCGAGCAGCUGACUUGGCUCGUGCCAGUGAGCUACGUUACAGCACAAUCCCGGAUCUGGAGAAGAGGCUUCCAAAAGAGGGUGCAGAAGGUGCAGUCGACUCUGAUGGUAACACCCUCUUGCAUGACUCGGUCAACGCAGAUGAUAUUGCUGCAGUCGUUGCACGAACGACCGGCAUUCCUGUGAACAAGCUGAUGUCAGGCGAGAUCGAAAAGCUUGUUCACAUGGAGGACACUCUGCGCCAAUCCGUUCGUGGUCAAGACGAAGCACUCACAGCUGUCGCCAAUGCUGUUCGCAUGCAGCGUGCUGGAUUGAGUGGAGAGAACCGUCCUUUGGCGUCUUUCAUGUUCUUAGGACCUACCGGUGUCGGCAAGACUGAGCUUUGCAAGAAGAUGGCGGAGUUCCUUUUCUCCACUGAAUCUGCAGUCACUCGAUUUGACAUGAGUGAGUUCCAGGAGAAGCACACAGUCAGCCGCUUGAUCGGAAGUCCUGCUGGCUACGUAGGCUACGAAGACGCUGGUCAACUCACCGAGGCCGUUCGACGAAAGCCAUACGCCGUACUUCUGUUUGACGAAUUCGAGAAAGCACACAAAGACAUUUCGACCCUUCUCCUACAAGUCCUCGAUGAAGGCUUCCUUACUGACGCUCAAGGACACAAGAUCGACUUCCGCAACACCAUGAUUGUUCUGACGUCGAACCUGGGUGCUGAAGCACUUCUGACUGACGAGAGCUCCAAUAGCGAGAUAUCGACUGAGGUCAAGCAGAAUGUCAUGGAUGUGGUGCAGUCGGCUUAUGCCCCCGAGUUCCUGAAUCGUGUCGAUGAGUUCAUCAUCUUCAAGCGCCUAUCUCGCGAAGCCCUUAGAGACAUUGCCGACAUUCGUCUCAAGGAGCUGCAAGCCAGACUCGAUGAUCGCCGAAUCAAGCUUGAAGUACCAGACGACGUCAAAGCCUGGCUGUGCGAGAAGGGCUACGAGCCUCGAUAUGGUGCUCGCCCUCUGAACCGUCUCAUCUCCAAGGAGAUUGGCAAUGGCCUGGCCGACAAAAUAAUCCGCGGAGAAAUCAAGACCGGGGAUGUCGCUAAGAUCGCUGUUCGCUCUGAUGGGGAACAUCUUGAGGUUCUUGCACCCGAAUCCUCGUAG